CGUCAUGACCAGAAAGCACUGAAACUGAAUGCAGACGGUCAAUCACACUUCGUGGUGUGCUUUUGUGGUCUUUUGGUAAAAGCCAACAUCCACCCCGUUUGACAAAAGGAGAAGCGCUCAGAGUACAGAAAGAGCACAGCAGGAGCGCUCAUGCAAAGACGAAGGCUGUGACAACCGUGACAACAACAGCAAAAGAAAAGAGUGCCCUGCUUCCCCUUAUUAGCUUGCUUCAUACAAUCUCUUCCACCGGUACGAGUACUUUGAAGUAAUCAUUACGAUGAUUUCAUCAGUUCCGAGCAACGCAGCUGAUGGAUUGGAGGAAUUGACCUCCAACGAAGGAACGGAGGAAGAGAAGGCAGACUGCAAAAAUCUACCUGAUCACGAAAAUGAUGUUGGUGCGGAAUUGCGUGCGACGGAGAAAGAAGAGCUUACGAUGCCAUCGGCCGAAAGCAGUGCCAAUAGGACGCCUGUGGUCUUCCCAAGUACCUUUAGUAAACCGACUGGAUCAUUGAAAGAAGUUAAGGACGUCAAUGAUUCCCGGGGUAGCGAUCAAAUUGGGAAAGGCGUUCUCAAACAGAGUGGUAACCUUCAUGACUUCAAAAGUCGACCUGUUACGACUCGUAAGCCAGGAUCCGAAUGGCAGCAUUCGCCGAGCACAAACAAAAGAUUUCCGAAAAGUGAUCAUGGGGCUGCUCAUGUCGAUAUGCCCACACAUAUGGGAGUCGUACUCGAAGGAGACCAGCGCGAGCAUGAAAGGAUGGAAGAAGGACGAAUGGAUGCUGCAUCCUGUCCAGAUCACAAUAUAGAAGCCUUUGGAGAGUACCUUGCUUCGUCCAUUGAACCGCUGCCUUCUCCAAACUUAGGGAUGCGAGUGCCCUCAGAACCAGGGGCCUUUGCUCAACCUGGACCACAGUCAUGUAGAAUCAACAGUGAGCCCUUCACAAUUGACACAGCAAGUAACAGGAGUCACCAAGACCACAGCGAAGAUCCAUCAGCAGAUUUUCCAGAAAUGGACGAUUUGGUGGUGGCCAGGCCUGUCAACGUGUCCACCAUCAAUGAGGCAGAACCAGUGGAUCCAAAGGAGAGAAGCGCAAACAGCAAAAAGGCAACCCGGGCAUGGCGUUUUUUGACUUGUUUGUUGCUACUUGCUCCUCUGACUGCUGUGCUUACUGUCAUCCUUGUGGCAAGGAAGCAAUCCCAUCCAAAAGACAACAUCACUGAUGAACUGGGCCAUCCAAUAACCAACAUCAGUCACGAUGAAAUCGAAACACCAAUCAAAUCAAGAUUUGACUUGCCACUUUCCCUGCCCAAUAGCACCAUGACUCUUAUGCUCUAUGAUGACUCUGGUGCCAGCCCUCAAUCCAAAGCAUAUGAAUGGCUGAGAGCCGACCCGCUGGUAUCAGAAUACACAGAAGCACGUCUUGUUCAAAGGUUUGCUAUUGCAACUUUAUACUACUCUCUUGGAGGGCCAGAAUGGUUGGAGCAAGGAGGAGGUACAACCACAAUCACUGUGGACGAAAUAUUACCUGGAAACCACCGGCAGCUACAGCCAAAUGUGUCCACAGCAGCGCCACAGCUGUCUAAUUCAUCACGCCCACAAGGAACAUCCCAAGGCAGUGGACGGCCACCGCCCAAUGGGCCACCGCCAGGCCCAAUGAGGCCCACAAUCAAGCAUGUCAACAUAACAUCAGCUAAAUGGCUGUCAUAUGGUAUUCCUGAAUGUGAGUGGUUCUCCUUGGGCUCUCUUAAUAGCAAGGAAGUUUGCAAUGAAGAUGGAAGCUUUCGCAACUUGCACAUACUGCAGAACAACCUUGUUGGGACUCUUCCUGAAGAACUCAUGCUCAUGACAUCACUACAGAGUUUGAAGCUUGCAAGAGGCCAAAUUGGUUCCACCAUCUUCACUCAAAUAGGUCAAAUGACACAGCUAACCAAUCUGAGGCUCUUCAGUCUGGACCUAACUGGGACAAUCCCAUCUGAAGUUGGAUUGCUCUCAAACACUUUGGAAGGAUUGUCAUUGUUGGAUAACCAGCUGACUGGAUCUUUGCCAGAGCAGCUUUGGCAACUGUCACAUCUUAAAACAAUCAUAGUGGGCCGCAACUCCUUCGGUGGAUCAAUUGCCUCAGAUAUUGGCUAUCGCAUGCCGAAAAUCCAAACUGUCAUGUUGGAUAGAAAUCAGUUCAGUGGGGUCAUUCCAUCAUCACUUGGGUUGUGCACAAACCUGAAAGUAGCAGACUUUGAUGGCAAUCCAUUCAUAGGUCAAAUUCCUUCCGAGCUUGGUCAGGCGCAGCUAAUGCACCGUCUCUUCCUUGCGGACACAAACUUGUCCGGAUCCGUUCCCUCUGAACUUGGACUGCUGACUGGUUUGAGAGAACUGAGGCUCUCUAACAACCCAAUGAUUAACGGAUCAAUACCUCUGGAACUGGAGCAGCUGAAUGAGUCCAUGCAUACCUUGCUUUUGGAAGGCACAUCCCUCACAGGCACCAUUCCUCAGGGGCUCUGUGGUCUUCACAGGUUGUCCUUCGACUGCUCUCCCGUACUCUGCGGGUGUGACUGCCCCUGCUCCCCAUGACCUUCGGUACUAAAAGCCAUCAUAAAUGUUUUAUUCAGUGUG